AUGCCAAAAGAAUUAGCAAAAGCAGGCACAUCAGCAAAUCACAAACCUUACCCGUCAUCAUCCUCUGAUUCGAAAUCAUCGUCCUCGCCCUCUGUUGGAUCAUUUUCAUCAAAUGGAAAGCUAAAGAACGUGGAAUAUAUUUGGGAGCCGUAUAUUGAACAGCCAAAGAACAAGAUCAUCACUCACCACAACAAUACACCAAGUCCGCCACAUUCAUCAGCUGGAACAUUUUCCCAAUUGCUUUUUCCUUCUAACGAGGAACAACAACCAUUUCCUUCGUUUUCAUACUCACCUUCAGAAAGUGCUGACAUUUUUGGUUCGACGGUCACCAACAACAUGUUGCCAACAAGCAUAACAACAGUCGAUAGUGGAAACCAUGGUCAUCAUAACGUUGAAAGACCACUUUCUCCCACAAACACUGUCAUGACCACGACCGUUGAGGAACCAUUCAAAAAUCAGAACGAUCUUUCUUCUCUAACUUCUGCGUCUUUUCAUAUUGCCUGUACAGCUUGCAGAGAAAAGCAUAUCAAGUGUGAUAAGAAAAUACCAUCCUGUACAUAUUGCAUCAAACAUGGAUUAAUAUGCCAGUAUCGAAAACCAAAGAAACGAGGACGGCCUAGCUCAAAAAACAAAGCUAGCAACGCAGCCAAUGAAGAGGAGGAGCAUGAAGGUUACUCAAAAUUUGACAUUGUGAAACCAACAACGGAAUCUUCGUCAUCUUCAGGAAUGCAAUCUUUUACCUCUCACACCUUUCAUAUCAAUGACGCCUCAACAAACACUACUACUCAAUUCCUUACAUCCGCCAAUAAUUCUGACCCACAUACCAACAAUUGGCUGGAAAAUCCUUUGAAUAAGAACAAUGCCACAUCAAUUUCGGCAGUAUCUAGAUUACAACACGCUUCCUCCUCAAAUACUACCACCGCUCUAAUGAUGCCCGAACUCAACACAACAGAAAUUGAUGUGCCAGGAUUUUCACAAAUGCCUCAAGUUGACUUUAAUAAUGAAAGUUUGAUUGCUUUAAUUCGAAUGAGUAGAGACUUGAACAAACAGUUAAUGAAACGACUGACGGUUGAUGACUAUUAUAGAUCUACGUCCAUGCCACUCAUGGAUCAAAGAUCUGUAGAGCAUAUAUUUUUCUCUGACAAGAGGAGUGAUGAAGCUAAUUGCUUUCUCUACAGUAUUCAUAUGCUAAUGUGUCAAAGAAGAGGGUUCAAAGAUGAAGCAGAAAGAGCAUACGAAAAAACUAGAUCAAUGCUUUCUCAUGUCUUCGAUCAAUGGAGAUCUUUUUUAACAGCAUGUACAUACUGCAACCUUUCGAUAUAUUGUUCUGGAGAAGGAAAUGAUGGAGACGCUAUUUUUUAUUUGAGUUUUGUGGACUACUAUUUCACACAACUGAAAGAAAAGUACUCAUUAGGUCAGCAAAAUCUGAAAUAUUUAAAGUCAAUUGCAGAAAUGGCAGCAGGAAUUGGCUCAGGUACAGAAAAACCUGUUUACGACGAUUUUGCAGAACUGGAUUUUGAGUCCAUUUCUAAACAAUGUCAACAUGAUGUGGCAAACUUGCUGGUUGGCUUCUACAAGUAUACUACAGGCUUGAAAAAGGUACCUCCAGAGCUGUUACAAAUUACAUCUCAAUCAAUUAACCAAGAUACAAUCUAUUUGUAUCUUACAUUGUUCGACCUAAUAACAAAACUCGUCACACAGCAUGAAAGUGAUAGACAAAAAACACUCACACCAGAACAGGAAGAAAUUUCUAAAGCUAUUUGUGAUGCAUUCAUUAACGGCACUCGUGUUCUCAUACUUCAACAAUGCGGCUACAAGGGAAAAGUUCUAGAAGAUGCAGCCAAUAGAAUUGCAGAGAUUUUCUCCAAUGAGAUAUCGAUUGGAUUUGCCUCUCCACUCUACAUGUCAUCGGUUAUUGCAGCAUGUCAAGUUCACAUUGGUAUCAUUGAGGAAAUUGAAGGUGGCUUGAGAAGCAACUAUGAAUUCGGUGUAGAUUAUUAUACAAUGAUUGACAAAGAUCUUAAGGCAAUGAACUAUUUGGAAAAGCAAUUUGGAAGAAUUCGUAAAAGAUACUCGCAGAUUAUUUAUCGACUAGAAUCUAUCAAACAGCGAAGAGAAACAGAAGUAUCAAAACUCGUAAUGAGUGAAAUUGAGAGAUUAAAAACGCUACGAACGGAGGGAAAGACAACAGGUGCUGAUAAUAAGAGCUUUCUACUUCAGGAGCAUUUAACAUCUCUUUAUUCAUUGGUUCGAGAAGGAGACGGUACUCAUACAUUUGAUCCAACAUCAGCAAAUCAUGUUGGAGGUUUUCCAUCAACCAUAGAACAAGCUCAAACGAACCUAUCUCACAAUAAUUUACCAACCUCAGAGUUAGCCAAUCCAAGAACUCUUCCAACAACCUUAGAGGAAAGUUUUGAUGAUAUUUUGAACAAUCUGUAA